UCUCUCCUUCAAGGAACCGGUACUGGAGAAUCAACUGUUCUUCAUGAAGGGCGAAAGAUGGCGGCAUUUGCGCAACAAACUCAGUCCCUUAUUCACCAGUGGGAAGCUCAAGAAUAUGUUUCAGACGCUGAACGAGUGCGGCACCGAGAUGGUGGAGGUGCUGUCCGAAGCGGCGCAGAAGUGCAGCGUCAUCGAGUUCCGAGAGGCGUGCGCGCUCUACACGACCGAGGUGAUCGGCUCGCUGGCCUUCGGCGUCAAGCUGAACUGCCAGCGGAACCCCGACUGCGACUUCCGGCGCUGGGCGAGGGCGCUCUUCCGCCCACAGCCACCCCAGAUCGAGCGAGUCCUUAUGGAAACGUUUGCCCCGCACAUCUGGAAACUCCUCACAUACAAAGCAGGUAGGAGGGACAUUUUCAAAUUCUUCGAUGACAUGGCAAAGGAAACGCUCCAGCAGCGCCUGAAGAGUGGUACAAAAAGAAACGACUUCAUGGACCUGUUCACUCAACUACACACCAAGGGCUCCGUCGAUGGGGAGAAGAAUGGAGGCGAGGGAUGGAAACUGACGGAGGACGAAGUGGCAGCGCAGGCCUUCCUGUUCUACACCGCCGGCUUCGAGACGUCGUCGACAACGAUGAGCUUCGCCACUUACGAGCUGGCAGUCAACCCGGACAUCCAGGAGCAGGCACAGAACGAGAUAGACUCCGUACUCGCCGAGAGUGGGGCCGUCACGUACGACGCUCUCAGCAAGAUGAAGUACCUGGACAAAGUCUUGGCAGAGACGCUGAGGAAGUACCCACCACUGGCUACUAUCAACCGGGAGACCCUGCGGCCGUACCGGCUGCCCAGCGCAGACGGCAGCGGCGACACCGCUGUGAUCCUAGACCGCGGCAUCAUCGUCGUCAUCCCUGUGCACAGUAUACACCACGACCCUGUCCACUAUCCCAACCCCGAGCGGUUCGAUCCCGAACGCUUCUCAGACGAUGCCAAAGCUUCACGACAUCCCUUCGUCUACCUGCCGUUCGGCGAAGGACCACGUUUCUGCAUAGGCAUGCGACUGGGGCUGCUCCAGGCGAAGCUGGGACUGGUGCACCUGCUGUCUAACUACACGGUGGACGUGAGCAGCGAAACGGACAUCCCGCUGGUCUUGGACCCACAUACACCCGUGCUGUCCGCGCAGAACGGGAUCCGCCUGUGCAUCUCCAAGCGCAAACCUCCACGAACAGUGCAGUGA